AUGCAUGUCCUGGGCGUGGUGUGUACCCUGGGUGUGAUGUGUGUCCUGGGUGUGGUGUGUGCCCUGGGUGUGAUGUGUGUCCUGGGCGUGGUGUGUGUCCUGGGUGUGAUGUGUGUCCUGGGUGUGAUGUGUGUCCUGGGUGUGGUGUGUACCCUGGGUGUGGUGUGUGCCCUGGGUGUGGUGCGUGUCCUGGGCGUGGUGUGUGUACUGGGCGUGAUGUGUGCCCUGGGUGUGAUGUGUGUCCUGGGUGUGAUGUGUGUCCUGGGCGUGGUGUGUGUCCUGGGUGUGAUGUGUGUCCUGGGUGUGAUGUGUGUCCUGGGUGUGGUGUGUACCCUGGGUGUGGUGUGUGCCCUGGGUGUGGUGUGUGUCCUGGGCGUGGUGUGUGUUCUGGGUGUGAUGUGUGCCCUGGGUGUGAUGUGUGUCCUGGGUGUGAUGUGUGUCCUGGGCGUGGUGUGUGUCCUGGGUGUGAUGUGUGUUCUGGGCGUGGUGUGUGCCCUGGGUGUGAUGUGUGUCCUGGGUGUGAUGUGUGUCCUGGGUGUGGUGUGUGUCCUGGGUGUGAUGUGUGUCCUGGGUGUGGUGUGUGUCCUGGGCGUAGUGUGUACCCUGGGUGUGGUGUGUACCCUGGGUGUGAUGUGUGUCCUGGGUGUGAUGUGUGCCCUGGGCGUAGUGUGUACCCUGGGUGUGGUGUGUACCCUGGGUGUGAUGUGUGUCCUGGGUGUGAUGUGUGCCCUGGGCGUAGUGUGUACCCUGGGUGUGAUGUGUGUCCUGGGUGUGAUGUGUGCCCUGGGCAUAGUGUGUACCCUGGGUGUGGUGUGUACCCUGGGUGUGAUGUGUGUCCUGGGUGUGAUGUGUGUCCUGGGUGUGACGUAUGUCCUGGGUAUGGCAUGUGCUCUGCAUGGUAUGUGGGAUGUGUCCUGGGCUGUGUGUGUCCUGGGCGUGGCACGUGCCCUGGGCGUGGUGUGCGCUGGCCCUGUGUACACCCGAGCCCUGGGCGUGGUGUGCGCUGGCCCUGUGUACACCCGAGCCCUGGGCCUGGUCUUGGCUGCAGGCAGGGCCCAGUUGCCUGGUGCCUUCCCCACCGCACAGCGUCCCUGACUGCCCGUUGCUCGCUCUGCAGCAGGUCUGUCUCUGGCAGCACCCGGCAUUUUCCUGUGAGGUUGGUGGAGUUAGCAGUGCUUGGGAGUCUCAGAUGAAGAAGCCAGAGUCCCCUCGCUAGCUCUCCUAGUCCCAUGUGAAAUGUGUCCUGGUCACACAUUUGCGGAAGAUGAUGGCUGACUCUGGUCCCUGAGGGGCAGGACUGUGAGCACCCAGAAGACACCCAGUGUGUGGAGCCGUGGCCCAACAGCAGGGCACGUCUGGGGCUGAGUCACCACUCGUUCCCCGCGGCAGGGUCAAGGUGGUCCCCAGGUGGCCUGUGUUCCACCGGUGUGUGGGACUUGUGUGUGAAUGCUGACUGUGGGAUGUGCCGAGGGCUAGGGCCCACGUGCACGGCUUCCCUGGAGGCCUGUCCGUGCCUUCCUGCCCUGCACACCUGCCUCUGGGUGAGCGCAGAGCCCAGUGCAGGUGGCUUCGAGUCAGCUGUGGUGAGGGCGACCUGUCUCCCGGCCUCCUUCCCUCCUGUCCCCCUUCCUGCUGCCCGGGAGUCUGGGGACGUCCUCAUGCGAGGUCCGUCCCAGGAUCCUGCAGUUUGGGCUUCAAACAGGGAGAGAACAGGCGCGGAAGGGUUUAGGUUCCUGGCUGGGAGGGAUUGACUGCGGUAUUAAGACUUCGGAAGGAGCCCGCCCUGGGGGGAUGUCGGCUGUCAGACGCGCUGACAUCUAGAUUAACCUCUGUGCGGCAAACCCGGCUGCACGCUCAUUGGCAUGCACUGCUGUGGCGCCACACGUCUGCUCUGGAGCCCUGGUGGCCUCGGCAGCCCCUCCCCCGCCCUGACCUUUCUGCCUCCAGGAGCUGAGGAGCCACGGCUGGGCUCUGACCCCGGGGAGGGACGUGGCCCUUGACCUCGAUGCUGAGCCAGGGGACUGCAGGCCAGGGCGUGAGGCCGCUCUGCUGACGUCAGGUUUGUAGCCGUCAGUGCUGCAAAGGGCAAAGGUUUAUGAAGAGCGAGUGAGCCCUGGUCCACAGCCUGCCCUGGGCUCCCCGUGCCCUCAGAGCCGCAGGCACCGGACGCCACGUGCCAUGCGGCUGAGCGGGGGUGGGGGUGGGGAGGGAGACUGUGCAGGAGGGGCUCCCACCAGAUGGGCAGCUCCGCUCCUUUCUCUCCUGGGGGACGCGGUCUGCCUCUGACCCCCACUUGUGAGCUGUCCCAGAGGGGUGGCGGUGGGGAACCGGGCGUGCAGCAGCCGGAGCAGGUGGGGGCGAUGAGACGGCAGUGCUGGCGUUUCUGGGAAUCUAGCUCAGGAUUUUGGAAGAUUUCACCCAGAAGUCUGGGGAACAAAUUUCUCCGUGGUUUUUAGCAUUUCUGAUUCUUUCAAAACUUGUCUUUCCUACUUCCUCUUGUCUUUAUGAGUCAGUCUCCGUGGAGUUCCUUCAGCGUCCCUGUGGGAGGCGCUCUGGUGCCCGCCCAGGCUGCAGGUUGUGGACCUGGGAAGCUGGCGUCGGGCGGAGUCCUGUGUGGCCUUGCGGCGGCGUCAGCGUCACAGCUCAGUGCCGAUGCCCGCGCCGUCUGCGUUCUCGUUCUUGUUUGUGCGUGCGCACAGAUGCCUCACCAGACCUGUGGCAGCCACUCACGCACCUGUGUGUGUUGCUUCCAGUGACGGAGCACAUGCGUGUGCAGGCAUGUGUCACACGUGCAGUGUCUUAUGUACAGCCCACCUCAGAAUUGUCACGGCACAGCCUUGGCCUGUCUGUCCCUGGGCUGUUCACGGAGUCAGGGCCUCGCAUUUCAAGGGAGACUGAAUCCAGUUCCUAAAACCUUCCCCUUAAUGCCAGGACUUGUUUCUUGGAGAAACACAAACCAAACUGAGCUUUGACUUGGGUUUAUUUCAUUACUUUUCGGGGGACAUCACUGUGGCCUCUUGAGCCCCAGUGUGGGCUGAGGUGUUCUUGGAUUUAAAGCCCAAGUGUGCAGAGCGUAAGCUGCGGGGGCCUGGGUGGCGUGUGGUGCAGGAGGAGCCCUGUGCAGGGCAGUGGCACUGGCGGGUGGGGGCCAGGUCCCCUCCGCCUGCCCGGUUGAAGGCAGGCACGGGCAGCAGGCACACACCUGUAUCCACCUCAGCUUCUGGUUUGGGGGCCAGCCCGGCAAUUCUUGUUGCUGUGGGCAGUGACCUCGAACCCCUGAGCUGUUUAUCUAAAGGCCCUGCCUGCAAGGCUGCAGCCCUCCCCCACAACACUGAAGUCCGUGCCGUCUGCAUGUUCAGUUUCUCCUCUGGACUCCCUCCGAACUCCAGACUCGCCUCAUCCUCCCCUGCACCCUCCCCACCCCGUCCAGAGCGGGGAAGGUCUGUUGGUCCCAGCCCAGCCUGAGCCUCCACCCAGCCUGUGCCGUGCCCAGGUCUCUGGUGGGGACAGGAGCGUCUCUCCCCACCGCGUCUCUGCAGACCCCGUUUGCACCUCCCUGGCCGCUGCUGCAGAGGGGGCCUCGUGCACAGCCCUCAAACCUGUUGCCUAUGUGGAUGUGUGAUGAGCCGUGGUCUUCACAGACCUCCCAGGUAUGUGCAGGGAAGGGGGCGCUGUGCCCACGCACCCCGUCAGCCACGCACGCGUUCAGUGCCGAGGUGGCCACAUGGGCCACGCAUGUGCAGAGCAGCGGCCCUAAUGUUGGCUCACAGGUUUGCAGCAGCUGCACAGCCCCGAGGAGAGAAAGGAGCUUCUUAGAUGAAACGCAGUCCUGACUGUGGACAGAACAGCUUCUACUUGAAGAGCAGAUUGAACCUGGCAGCUGCCAGGGAGCAGUGAGAGCAGAUCGCUGAGGAGCUGGGAGGCCGCAGCCUCUGCCCAGACCACGAGCAGCCAACGCUUCGCUCUGUCCCGAAUGGCUCCGCCAAACACAAGUACAAACCCCUCCUGUCUCACCCAACCGCGGGUUCUUAAAGAAAUAUAUUUUUUCUCAUGACUCCAGGGAUACUUUAAUGUUGCUUCUUUCCGUGGUUUCGCCUCAUGUUUCCAGACAUCUGUCUGUUCCUUAGGGAGGACUUGGGCCUGAUGCACGACUGACAGCGGGACAGGAGUGGCCCUGGCAGGUGGCAGGAUGGGGGUGUGGAGGACAGUGCCUUCCUGGCCCCCGCCCAGGGACUUGGUCAGAGCACGGUCCCUUCUGUGCCUUGGUUUGCUGAUCAGUGAAGGGGAACUACUGCCUGUGUGCGUGUGGGCAGGGCUGGGAGCUGAGCUGCCUCGCCCUGAGCCCUGUUGGGAGGCCCCUUCCUUAGACCUGCUGCUGUCUCUGGACGUCGUCUCACCACAAGUCUCUUAGCAUGACCUGAGCACCCAGGCGUGCAGAAUUCCUGGAAAUGUCAGCCAGGACGGGGUGUUUGCCUAACGGGCUCAGCUGGAAGGGAGCGCUGCUCCCGACCUCGGGGCUGUGGCCCCCAUCGUGAGUCCUGGCCCCUGCCUGUGGCUGCAUGGUGUUCUGUAGAUUCCAGCCUGAUGGUUUGCAACCCAAGACCACACAAAGCGUCUGCUAUUAGAGGGUGCUGAGUGCUCUGUGCAAGCUCAGUCCUGGGCCGUUCCAGAGCCCCUGUCCCUGUGCAUGUGGGAAGAGCUGCUGCACGAUGCCCUGGCACUCAGCUUCCCUCCAGGGAGCCUGAGCACCAGCAGAAGGUGUGAACCAGGGGCCCUGAGAACAUGAGAAGGAACCCUGAGAGCAGACCCGAGCCCAGUCCACAGGUCGCAGCACUGACCCAACCCAGCUCCCAAUCACCCAGGUGUCUGGGGCAGCAGCACUCCCUUAAGCACCCUGGGCGUCAUUUCCCUCUGUCUCCAAGCAGUGCUCAGCUGUGUCUGGCAAAAUGCUGUGCAUGACUCAAAGGAAGGGUUUUGCUGGCCCAGUGGGAAAUGGGAAUAAAGCUGUGUAGACUCCUAGGGCGUUUGGAACCUUUUCCUCAAGUGCCCCUUGAGCUCAGCUUUUGUGCUCCUUGCAGUGCUGGGCCUCUGUUCUAGGGGCCCCUGGAGUGUCCAGCAGGCGGGGUGCCCACUUUCUUAGACAUGAGAAUCUAGAUUGGGUAAUACGUUUACGUGAUGGUGUGCAGCUGGGCCAGGCCUGCUGUCUCAGGGCCACGUGUCACAGGCGACACCCACACAGCACGGGGCAGGCUGCCGUGGUCACUGCUGGAGGCAAGGCUGGGCCUGCACCCAUCUGAGGAAGGACCCCUGCACGCAUUGGCAUCAGCAAGGACUGGUCCCAGUGCUGCUUCCUUCCUCUUCACAAGGGCCCGGCUCUUAAUGGGCUGCCGCCAUUUCCUUCUUAAAACUAGGAGAAGUUGCUGUUCCCAGCCCUAAGCACGCGGUGUUGAAGGCGGCCAAGGCGAACCGGCAUCAGGGACGUCCUCGGUGAUGUGUGUGGGUGGUGCUGGGUCAACUUGGGGGAACUGUCCAAUUGCAAUGGAAGGAAGCAAGUUGGGGCCGGACAAUUCUUGCUUUGAAUGUGAAGGAAACAGAAGUGCUGUUCUGCUGGUUCUUUCUCGUGUAGGUUCUACUUUUCGAGACUUCUCAUGUGUGCGUGUGCCUGUGUGCAGGGCAGGGCUGGGGGCUGUCAGGGCGUAGCUGUCUGAGCGACACUUUGGGGCACAGUGCUGUCCCCACUCAGCUUCUCAGAGCCUGGCAGUGAAAUCAGAGGCCCGUGUCUCAGUUCAAGGUCACAGCAGUGCCACCCGAGGGUCUCAGGAGAGAGACCCUGACACCACACCCACAGCAGUGUUCUUCUACCAGAGCACAGGGCUCCUUUAUCUGCACACGAGGCUGAGUGAGGAGGCCCGAGUGAGCUGUCCCACCGGACAACUGGCAGAACCUCAGCAUGAUGGCCAAGUUCCUCACUGGCCCCACCCGACCACGUCAGUUCUGCUUGAUUGCUGGGUCUCUUCAGCACCAGGGACAGCAGACAAGCCCAGGCCUCUGUCUUCAGCACCAGGGACAGCAGAUGCCCUUCGGUCAAGGGCUUUGACGGGCGACUGUGCUCCCAGGUUCAGGUGCUUCCAUCUGUAAUUCCCUCCCAGCCUGGCUUCGCUGUGUCUGUCAAGUUCUCAACCUGCUAGCAAAUACUGGGGUUUGGGUCGCCCAGGCCUCCUGUCUCACUGGAGUGGAAAGAGGCACCAAGACAAGGGCAGGGCACCUUGGGAUUGGCUGUUGCCUUGUGAACCUGCGUGGGGAGCUGUGUCCUGGCAGUCCCUCUUAGACUUGCUGCCUCUUCUCUGCAGGCACAAGCCCACGUUUGGCUCGUGUGCAUUUGGUGAAACUCCCCGCCGCGGGGUGGGGGGGGAAGCUAAGGAGUCUCAGGACAGAGAAGCCCCGGGGGCCUUUGUGCGGCAUCUGGAGACGGGGGACCUGAGCCCUGCUCAGCAGCUGCUUCUGCCUUAAAGCAGUCGUGAGAAGAAAGCACCAGCACUGUGUGGCUGCCCCCAGCUGGACUGCAGGACGGCACUGAGAGCAGGAGGUGGGGAGAGCCGGCUCUCGUGGUGUGACUGCCCGUUUCCACACAGCACGGUAGCACAGUGUCGGCUCAGGGGCAGCCUUGGCUCUGAGCAGGGCAUCAGCGGCCUCUCCAUUCACCGGGACGGGUGCUGGGGCGAGGCUGACUGCCGCCCAGACAUCUCCCCAACAGGUGAAAGCCCGCUUUGACUGUCUCUGUGCCGCCACAGGCUCAGCACACCCCUCACCCCUCUGUCUGCCCCAGCUCGUCAGCUUUGCUCAUCGCGAUUCCUCUCAGCAGGGUCAGACCGGGGAGAUUCCUUUGAAGGACAAAUGAGGUGGUGCCUGUAGACCAGAGCCGGCUGUGGCGAGUCCUAACCCUGCCGGGGGCCCGCGGAGCCGCCUCGCUGUCCCUGUCCUCCUGAGCAACUCCCUUGCAGGGUUCACUUUCUGCACACACAAAGGCUGUGGCAUGGGUUUCUCUAGAAUGUUUGUAUGAAGACUGGUGUGGGCAGGGCUAAACAUUCUCUACUGUUCUUUAAAAUCGGGACAUGUGGUUUUAUGUUGGGAUCAAGGACGGCCCCGCGUCAGGGAGAGUGAACGUGGAUGGACAGGGCCAGCCGCAAAGGGCGUGUCCCUCACGGAGAUGGACAGGGCCAGCCGCAAAGGGCGUGUCCCUCACAGAGGGCGCAGAGCGGAAGCUGCGGGUGCACCUGGCUAGGGAGGCGGGGUCUGCAGUCACCGGGCAGGGCAGGUAUCCUUAGAAGUGCAGGUGAUGCCCCUGGAGGCUCAGAAGCGAAAGGCCCAAGAAUAAAAUCCUGCAAGGUUCUAAAUGCUUUUUUCUGGAGCAUUCCUAAAGUGCUCCCAGGCGCUGCAGCCCUCUGCAUCUUGAGGGGCAAGCUUGGCCCGGCUUCUGGGCUCUGAUGGCAACGCCUGCAAACCCAAGUCCGGUGCUCUCCGCGCUCUGACAGCAGAGCUGUGUGAGGUGGGCUCUUUCCUUCACUGGAUGAAGGGGACUUGCUUUCCAGACAAGUGGCUUUCAAACGUCCAGCUCACACCGGACCUGUGUGGCUUUUACGUGGACAGCUUUUCACAGCUAGGCUGAAAGCAGAAUAAAAGUUACAUUUAACUGAGCACUACUUCAUGUCUCUGAUUUCGAGGGAAUCCCUCCCCGGGGGCUCUCUCUGGGUCUGGGUGUGCACUGGUUUGUCUCCUGCUGGACUUUCACCCUAGAGGCCUGCGGGGCCUGAUCCAGUGUGCAGGGCGGCCCUGACUGCAGGAGACGUCCAGCUGCUGUCAUGCCCAACCCCCAGCCCACCGAGCUUUGUACUGAGUGCACGCCAAGUGUUUGUUUCCCAGGUGGGUAGACUGUCUCGGGCAGGAAGGGUGAGCUGGAGUCAGGACCUGCUGAGCAGGUGCACGUGGCCCCGGGAUGUGUGGGAAUCCUGUGGACACCUGCCCAGAGGCCACUCUGCUCUGCGGGCAGAGUUUGGAAAGAAGCGUGCGGAUUGGCUGAGAACACUAGCCAGGGCUCCGUACGGCUGUGUCUCCCCUGACGGAGAUGCUGCCCGAGGGGUGUUUGGGGCUCCCUGGUGCUCUCUGACCUCAGCUGGCUGCUCCUCAAUUCUGUUCUGACUUGUUUUCCCCCGGGCCACUGCCUCUCCCCAUCACGUGGACGCCUGCGUUGCGGAGGUGGCCGUGGGGUUUUAGGAGAAGACGUCUUACUAAAGGGCCGCUUUCUGCCCCUCUUCCUUGCUGACAGAGCCCGCACUGUGCUCGCUCUGUUUGCAUGGGGCGAAUCCUGGAGACAGAAUCCAUUUCGUGCAGGUGCUGGCUGCGUUUGCCUUCGGAGAAGAGGUUCACGGUCUAGAAAGCUCUCACGUGAAGGGGUCCUUUAUGCAAAAAGACAUGGAUACAUUUAUCUCUGAGACCACUGACUCGGGAGGUGGCCCAGGCAGGCUCUUGGCUGCCGUGAGGGACGUGUUGAAAGGGCGAGUGCCCGCCCUGUGUCUCUUCCCCAACCCCAACCUUCCUCACUCCUUAACCUCAAGAGAAAACAGAAAUUAUUUUUUUAAGCUGUAUUAAUAACUUAUGUUUAAUACAAAAGGAUGAUUCAGUGGCAUCACCAAAGGUCAUUUCUCCCGUGUGCGUGUUCACUCUGCCCGUGCCCAUCAUCCCAUCCCUCACCCUCAUGCGUCCACCCCAAGGCAGACACGUGUCCUUCUCACGGCCCACGGGUGCUGGCGUUCACCGUGGGCAGACGAACACCAUGGCACCAACGACAUCACACCAUCCUCCGCUUUCAAAGGGUCACUACCACAGAAAGGCAAACUCUUUUCUUGGUUUUUGUUUAAAAGCAUUUUAUACAUAUAUAUGUAUAUACGUGUGUGUAUGUAUGGACACAUGUAUGUAUAUGCACAUGCACAUGUAUAUGUGUAAAUACCCACUCCGGUAGAAACGCGUCGCGUGAGCUGUAAAUACUCCUGGCGUGCGUCGUCUUCCUCGUGGCAUCGCACCUCCAGUGUUGCGUUAACGACUCCACGUAUGGACUGGUGAGACCAUGUGUGCACCUGUAUCCUCCGACAUAGUUUGUGUAGGGUCUCUUCUCAAAUAAAGCCGAAACCACCACG